AUGUCACACAGGUUAAAGUUACAGCCCUAUCAUAACCCCACCAGUCCUGACGUCUUGGAGGGCAGUCUGAGCAGUCAGGAGAGGACACUGGCUGUGCUGCUGGAACAGGCCUGCAGGAUCAAACAGGAGGUGGCAGUAGGCCUGCAGUCCGCCCAGGGCUCGAAUCACAUACUGACCAUGACACGCAUUGUCAAGCAGCUUAGCAUGGACAUGCAGGCCCUGGAGAGACAGAUCACCCAGCAGGACUCCAUCACCUCUGGAACCGCAAUGGCUGUUCAAAGCCUGGACCAGAAGAACGUGGCUGGCAUUGGAGACCUGAGAGGCAGAGUAGCCAGGUGUGAUGCCAGCAUCGCCAAGCUGAGCGCUGACAUGAGCAGUGCGGAGCGGCGGGUGAUUAGACUGCAGCAGGAGGUGGCAGAGCUCAGGUCAGCUAUGGACGCACGGCUCAAAGAGCUGCACGUCAAGCUUCAUCAUGUCCUGUGGAGGCUGGAGGCCUCAUUGGCAGAGCAUUCCCAGGAACAAAAGAUCUCUACCGCUGAUCUGCAUACACAAGUUAGACUACUAGACACCAGGAUGUCAGGUGACCUGCAGGAGGCCAAGGAGCAGGCGGAUUCGCUGAGGAAGCGAACAGAACAACAGUUCAACAGCUUGGCUCAGACUCAUGCGGAAAGCAGCCAGCAGCACCGCGCACAACUGCAGGACAAAAUGUUAGAGGCAGAUUCUAGAUCAGCUGUCCGGCUCCGUGCUCUGGAGGCCCGUGUAGAGCAGCUUGAGGCCCGGCGGGAUCAGACCCACCGCAGUCGGGCCGAUCAGCUGAAACGCUCUGAAACCACACUCAGUAAAAGAGAGACCUCAGUGGAGAGCAGCCUUCGUUGUGAGCUGCAGCUGCUCAAACAGGAAUACCACAAAGGGUUCCUGGCUGUGCAUGACGCGAUUGAGUCCCUGAGGCAGAUAAGUGACAUCAAAUCCUGCCUUGACAAGGAGAAGCUUCAGAAGGAUAUCAGGGAUGUCUGCAGCAAGCUGGCUCAAUGGCGUGUGACGUAA